AUGCUGGACAACGAGGCCGUGUACGACAUCUGCCGCCGCUCCCUCGACAUCGAGCGCCCCUCGUACACCAACCUCAACAGGCUGGUGGCCCAGGUCAUCUCGUCCCUGACCACGUCCCUGCGCUUCGACGGCGCCCUCAACGUGGACAUCACCGAGUUCCAGACCAACCUGGUGCCCUACCCCCGCAUCCACUUCAUGCUCAGCUCCUACGCGCCCGUGAUCAGCGCGGAGAAGGCCUACCACGAGCAGCUGUCGGUGGCCGAGAUCACCAACAGCGCGUUCGAGCCCGCCAGCAUGAUGGCCAAGUGCGACCCCCGCCACGGUAAGUACAUGGCGUGCUGCCUGAUGUACCGCGGUGACGUGGUGCCCAAGGACGUCAACGCCUCGGUGGCCACCAUCAAGACCAAGAGGACCAUCCAGUUUGUGGACUGGUGCCCCACCGGCUUCAAGUGCGGCAUCAACUACCAGCCCCCCACCGUCGUCCCCGGCGGCGACCUCGCUAAGGUGCAGCGCGCCGUCUGCAUGAUCUCCAACUCCACCGCCGUCGCCGAGGUCUUCUCGCGCCUCGACCACAAGUUUGACCUGAUGUACGCCAAGCGCGCGUUCGUGCACUGGUACGUCGGGGAGGGCAUGGAGGAGGGCGAGUUCAGCGAGGCGAGGGAGGACCUGGCGGCGCUGGAGAAGGACUACGAGGAGGUGGGCGCCGACAGCGCCGAGGGCCAGGGCGAGGACGAGGGCGAGGAGUACUAG